AUGCUCACCUCAGCGAAAGACAAACUGAUCCUGACGGAGGAGCAAAAGCUCAUGUACUCAAAUGAGAAGGUCACAAAUUUCCGCCUCAUUUCUCGCCAAUUCGCAGAACUUGCUUACAAUGUCAUUCCUGUCGCCACCGCCUUUCAGAACCUCCCUGUUCUUGUUGAACCCGGUCUCCCAUUGGAAGGUUAUCGAGCCCUUCUUCCCGCACGUCUUUUGAACUCUUUCGUUGGCACGACUGCACAUCUACCUGGCUUUGUCGCCUACCGCGAAGACACUGGGCAAUUAAUAGUCGCUAUAUCCGGUACAAAUGUUGAUUCAGCACUCCAAGCGCUUUACAAUAUCCAUGCUUUGCGACAUCCACACCCUUCCAAACGAGGCAAAAUUCAUUCUGGGUUCUGGAAGUUGUACAAGGGAAUCAGGACCCCGUGUCUUGCUGGGUUGAGGGAUGCAUUGACGGAACUGAACGGGAGAAUUUCUGAGGUGGUGAUUACGGGCCACAGCAUGGGCUCCGCUAUAUCCCAACUGCUGGUAUUGGACAUCUUACAUGAUGAAAGCUUGCUUCCUCUGGGCAAUGCACCACUACAUUUCGUUGGAUUUGGUGGACCACGGGUUGGAACCGAAGGGCUUGUCAACUUUUGGUCUGAGCUGGUUGGGAAGAGGCAAAAACAGCAUGGUAACAAGUCGUUCGCUGAGUUUGCGGUCAAAAUGCAUAAUGAUGGUCAGACCAUUUACGAUUAA